AUGGAAGGCGGACGAUUUGAUUUCAGCGAUGGAGGCAGUUAUGUGGGCGAGUGGUGUGAGGGUCGAGCACACGGACUCGGUAUUGCCACCGGACCGGAGAAUCAGGGUGAAUAUUCAGGGGAAUGGAAUAUGGGAUUCGAAUCACGCGGUGUGUACAUAUGGCCCAGUGGAAAUAUCUAUUGUGGCACCUGGUUGAAGGGCAAACGUCACGGAGAAGGUGUGCAAAUAAAGGGGCGUUGGAUUUAUCGGGGCGCAUUCACAACCGGAUUUUGUGGCCGUUAUGGUGUGAAAGAGUCCCUCACCAGUUGUGCCAAAUACGAGGGAAGCUGGCAUUUAAACAAAUUUGAUGGUUUUGGAGUGGAAACCAACUCGGACGGAAGUGAGUCUGAUUGGGAAUAA